UGGUGCCGGCAGCUGCUCUUCACGGCUGACGCGCGCGUGGAUCCCUGCAUUGGCGGCGUCAUCCUCUUCCACGAGACCCUCUACCAGAAGGCCGACGAUGGGCGCACCUUCCCCCAGGUCAUCAAGGCCAAGGGCGGCGUUGUUGGUAUCAAGGUGGACAAGGGCGUGGUGCCCCUGGCUGGGACCGAUGGGGAGACCACCACCCAAGGCCUGGACGGGCUUUCUGAGCGCUGCGCCCAGUACAAGAAGGAUGGGGCCGACUUCGCCAAGUGGCGCUGCGUGCUCAAGAUUGGGCCCCACACGCCCUCGCGCCUCGCCAUCCUGGAGAACGCCAAUGUGCUGGCCCGCUACGCCAGCAUCUGCCAGCAGAACGGCAUUGUGCCCAUCGUGGAGCCCGAGAUCCUCCCCGAUGGCGACCAUGACCUGAAGCGCUGCCAGUACGUCACCGAGAAGGUGCUGGCGGCUGUGUACAAGGCGCUGAGCGACCACCAUGUCUACCUGGAGGGGUCACUGCUGAAACCCAACAUGGUGACACCUGGGCAUGCCUGCACCACAAAGUACAGCCAUGAGGAGAUCGCCAUGGCCACCAUCACUGCGCUGCGCCGCACCGUGCCACCUGCUGUGCCCGGUAUCACCUUCCUGUCUGGGGGGCAGAGCGAGGAGGAGGCGUCUCUGAACCUCAAUGCCAUCAACAAGUGCCCCCUGCACAAGCCCUGGGCCCUGACCUUCUCCUACGGGCGUGCACUGCAGGCUUCGGCCCUCAAGGCCUGGGGCGGCAAGAAGGAGAACACCAAGGCGGCCCAGGAGGAGUACGUCAAGCGCGCUCUGGCCAACAGCCUCGCCUGCCAGGGCAAGUAUGCCGGCAGCGGCCAGGCCGGUGCUGCCGCCAGCGAGUCUCUCUUCGUUUCCAACCAUGCCUACUAGGCUGCAGCUCUACCCUGCCUGCAUCCCCUCCCCAACUUAGGCUGCAACUAUAUUCACCUGGACCCAACUUGCCCCCUCCCCAUGACACCUGGGGCAGAGACAAGCAGCC